CGGGAAAAUGUCAAUCCUUUUUUUUGUUUUAUUUGCAGAUUUUUAUUUUACUAUAAUUCUAUAUCAAAUGUCUUCCUCAAGAAAUAAACGUAGAAAAGUUGCCAUUGCAGUUAGUAAUUUCUUGAAUAUCACAAAUGAAUAUCAAGAUGAUAAUGUCCAUUUGGAGAAAUCCAAAAACUUAAACGACCAUUCUGAUUGUUCUGAUUUUGAACCUGUUUCAGAUACUUCACUGCAUGAAGAAUGUAAUGGAGAUGAAUCUCCAUUACAUUCUUCAUGCAAUGAAGUAUCUACCAGCAGUGAUUCUGGUGGCGAAAAUCCAAGUGAAUUUGAGUUGCAAAUUAAGUUACGUGAUUAUGCGAUUGAAAACAAUAUACCUUAUGCAACAAUGGACAAAUUGUUAUGUAUUUUAAAACCUUAUCAUACUCAAUUACCAAAGUGUUCAAAAACAUUAUUAAAUUCAAAACCUGUAACAAUUAGAAUUGUGACUAAUGGUGAAUUUUUAUAUAUUGGUGUUGAACCUUUUCUUCAAACAUUGAGUGUGUCUAACCCAUCGAUUAUCUGUUUGCAAUUUAAUAUUGAUGGUGUUCCAAUCUAUCACAAUUCUGAAAUAUCAUUUUGGCCAAUUCUGGUAAAAAAAGUUAACGAUUCAUUGUCACCAAAAGUUGUUGCUAUUUUUAGUGGAAGGAAAAAACCAAAUUUACAAGAGUUUUUUUCCCAUUUUAUUACUGAGAUAAAUCAUCUUAAAAGCAAUGGUGUUACAAUUAACUCACACUUGUGCAAUAUUCAUAUAACUAAUAUUGUAUGUGAUGCCCCUGCACGUGCAUUUAUUAAGUGCAUAAAGUAUCAUUCAGGAUAUUCCAGCUGUGACAAGUGCACUGUAGAGGGUGAAUGGCUAAACAAGGUUGUAUUUUUAGAAACAGAUGCACCCUUGAGAACAUUAGAAAGUUUUGUUUCUAGAGAAGAUGAUAGUCAUCAUAUUGGUGUGACACCUUUAUUAGGAAUUCCUAUUCAUCCAAUUAAUAGUUUUCCAAAUGACUAUAUGCAUUCUGUCUGUCUGGGAGUAGUACGAAAACUUCUAAAUUUUUGGUCUUCUGGACCAUUCAGUGUUAAGCUAUCUUCGCAAUCACUAAAAACAAUAUCAGCUCGAUUAAUUCAUGUUUCAUUGUUCUUUCCAUCAGAUUUUAACAGAAGACCUCGUUCAUUGGAGAGUAUGAAUAAGUGGAAGGCAACAGAAUUCCGAUCAUUUCUCCUUUAUUCAGGGCCUAUAGUUUUGUGUGAUAUUCUUAGUAAACCAGUUUAUGAACAUUUUCUUAUUUUACAUAGUUCCAUAUUUCUAUUAUGUAGGUCACAAGAGCAUGAAGUUAUUAAAUAUUGUGGUGAGUUGCUGAAAAUAUUUGUUACAAAGGCUGUUGCCUUGUAUGGCAAAUCAUUUAUGUCAUAUAAUGUGCAUUCUCUUAUACAUCUGGAUAAUGAUUGUUUACAAUUUGGACCGCUUGGCAAUUUUUGUGCUUUCCCCUUUGAAAAUGCUCUUGGUCAUUUAAAACGAAGAAUUCGAAGUGGAUAUUUGCCGCUUCAGCAAGUAGCUUCUAGUCUUUCUGAUAACAAAUCUGAACAUUCUAGGAAAGUACACACUGAUGGAGUUUCCCUUCAACAUUGUAGUGGGCCUUUACCAAAUCAGGGCCAUUUUUUGCAAUAUAAAGUGUGCCAUUACAAAAAUCAAAGGUUUUCAAGCGGUUUGCGGGAUAGUUCAGUAAUGGUAGGACAAAAGUGCUAUCAAAUAGUUAACAUCUUAGCAGAAGACUUAAAAAAUCCAUUAUUCUUAGCCAGGUGUUUUACUGUGCAAACAAACUUUUAUGACGUUCCACUUGCAAGUUCAAAACUAUCUAUUUUUAAAGUUAGUUGUCUUAGUGACACUUUGCAUACAAUUCCGUUUUCUGAUAUUGUUAUUAAAUGUUGUUGUCUCCCAUAUUCUUCUUCCUUUGUUGUAAUCCCAUUAUCAGAGAUUUGAGUUCUUAUUAUAUUUUAGAGUUCUAUAUAUUUUUUCAAAUAAGAUAAUAAAUUUAUAUUAUACAGUAUUUGUAAUUUGUUCCAUGUCUAUUUAUGGUAUACAACAUGUAUUUCAUUUUGUUAUAUCUAUUUAUACAUUUCUUACAAUUGCUUUAAUUUAUUUGGGCAGCUUUUUAAAUAUAUAGUGUAAAAUUAUGAACUACAUUUACACAUUUUAUUAUUUCUUUGUUUUGAAGUUUAAAUUUGCAGAAUGUUAGUUCUUGAAGUAUCUUUGAACGUUGUUUAGCAGGAUGUAAUUGUAUUACUCUUAUAUGGUAAAUAAUAGGUAAAUAAUAAUAGGUCUUAUAUGGUAAUUAACUAUUUUUUUUUUUCUUUAUUUAAAUUAAGCAAAUUUUUUUUUUUAAUAUUUUGUAUUUGAAAUUUUUUUUAUAACAGAUGUCUUAUUCAGUAGUUAUUUUUAAUAUUGAUAAUGAAGUGGCAACAGUGUCCAGUAAAUGGUUCAAAGAUUCAGGAUGCGUUUUGUGGCCCAACUGUAGAGUAGGGAAGAAAUUGCAAAACAUGUUACUAAACCAUGAAGAGCCAGGUGCUGACUGGAUUUCUUAUGAAGUACGAGUGUUGUCCAGUAACAUCUUAACUCUCAAAUCAGCAAGGGCAAAGGAGCGACC